UCUCUCUCUCUCCCUCUCUCCCUCCCUCUCUCUCUCAUUUAUUCCUUUCUGGAGGGAGUUGGAGGAAAACCCACCGCCUGCACAGACAUGUCUACUGCCUACAGGAACAGAAUACAGGAGUUCAAAGUGGCCUUAAGUGAGGAAAACAUUAACCUGAAGACACUGAGAGACCUGUGCUUCAACGGAAUACCCUUUGAGGGAGGCAUCCGCGCACUUUGCUGGAAAAUUCUCCUGAAUUACCUACCUCUCGAUCAGACGCUAUGGGAGUCGUUCCUCAAAAAGCAGAGGGAGGUGUACUCGCAGUUCCUGAAAGAAAUGAUCAUCCAGCCUGGGAUCGCCAAAGCCAACCUGGGUCUGUCCCGGGAGGACGUCACAAUGGAGGACCACCCGCUGAACCCAAACCCGGACAGCAGGUGGAACACGUAUUUCAAAGAUAACGAGAUUCUGCUGCAGAUCGACAAGGAUGUGAGGCGGCUCUACCCAGACAUGGCGUUCUUCCAGCGGCCCACCGAAUACCCCUGCCAGCUGAUCCUGGACCCUCAGAACGACUACGAGACGCUGCGGCGGCGAGUGGAGCAGACCACCCUCAAAGCACAGACGGUCAACCGCAACCGCAGCGGCGUCACCAACGUCAGCUCCCCCGGGAAGGCGUUGAACCUCUACCCCUCCAACGAGUACGAGGUGCUGCCCAACGGCAGCGAGGCCCACUGGGAGGUGGUGGAGCGGAUCCUCUUCAUCUACGCCAAGCUCAACCCGGGCAUCGCCUACGUCCAGGGCAUGAACGAGAUCGUGGGGCCGAUCUACUACACCUUCGCCACAGACCCCAACAGCCAGUGGAAAGAGCACGCCGAAGCCGACACCUUCUUCUGCUUCACCAACCUGAUGUCGGAGAACCGGGACAACUUCAUCAAGAGCCUGGACGACUCUCAGUGCGGCAUCACCUACAAGAUGGAGAGCGUCUACUCCAUGCUGAAGCAGAAGGACAUGGAGCUCUAUCUCAAGCUGGAGGAGCAGAACAUCAAGCCUCAGUACUUCACAUUCCGCUGGCUCACCCUGCUGCUGUCCCAGGAGUUCCUCCUCCCGGACGUCAUCCGCAUCUGGGACACGCUGUUCUCCGACCAGGACCGCUUCCACUUCCUCAUCCUGGUCUGCUGCGCCAUGCUGAUACUCAUCCGUGACAGCCUGCUGGCGGGAGACUUCACAGUGAACAUGCGCUCGCUGCAGGACUACCCCAUCUCAGACGUCCACACCAUCCUGACCAAGGCCAAAGAGCUGCAGGAUCACUCCUAACUGCCCCCCUCCCCCCUCCCCCGCCGGCUCCACCCACAUGAACUUUGAAAAGCCUUGUCGUGUCGGACGUGUGUUGGCGGUGAGUGAAGAGCGUGCACGGCCGCGGUGGGUGGGCGGAGCUUCCCAGACGGGCCUCCGCCCGGCCCGGGCGGCGCAUGCUCCCUCCCCCUCCUCCGACGGGCUCUCCGGUUUUUACUCAUCUUUUUUUUACUUGUACAUGUUUGCCUUAUCUGUUGGGCCGUGAGAAGCAGGGCUGCAGUUUCCUCAGUGUGGAACGUGAAGCGGGGGGCUGCCUCCGGUUCUCACCUCAGUCCCGUCUCGAAGGAACCACUCUCCAAUGAAGGGCAUUGUUUUUACCGUUCAGGCUUUGCUCACUGACUCGUGUUUACAUGUGGCGGUACCGGAGUGUAAUCACAUUACUUUUUAUUCUCACACACGGCACUGUGCAGUUUUCUAGAAAGUAUCCGGAUGUUUCCUCGAUCGAUUGACAGCUUCUUGGCGGGACCCAUCACCUGUAAAGAACAGGGAUUAGUGGGAUGUGAGUUUGCAGCCAGAUGUUUUCUGCUGAGGUUCAGUUUCCUGAUUUUGCUCCCCGGCUGGUGUUUUCAGUGAUCGAUUCAAGUCAGAUUCUUUCCUUUUAACCAACCCGGCCUCAGUGGAAGUAGACAGACUUUCCUUUUGACUCUGCAGCAGUGUUGUUUACAGGAUUUGAAUCGUUCUCAGCUCUUCUGCUCAUCCCACAAAAACACUUUCCACCAAGAAGCAUCGUUACCGCGAAGAGAUGGUCUAACAAACGUCGUCUGUUUCAUUGCAGCCUUUCGAUAAGCUUCGUCUUUCUGAACAUUUACCGACAUUAGUAUUAAACGACACCGCUGGUUUUGGCUCAUCCGGCUACAGUACUGGUUACUGUGACUUCUAACACUAAAAGGAGGCUCCAGAGCUUCCAGUAACAGAUGCAGUUUAUUCAGCCUGGAACGGUUUGGUGCGAGAGUUGAACUCGGCUCCUGGUGACUGUUUGGUUCCCGAUCAUCCUGAUUUAUUCCCGUCGCUCCAGGUUCUCGCGUUUCGGCGAGCAUUUUGCCACCAAUAAACCCCGAUCGAUCGGCUCUGAGAGUUUGAGUGAAGUGUUUGCAGCGCUGUACCUUUCAUUCUCUUUGAAUUGAUGUCUCUGUGGGAAUGCGUCCAGUAUUUUACAUUUGAAAAAGCAUAGAAUCAAUAAUGGAUCAAUAUCAGUACAUCCUUCUGCUUGUGAGUCUAUGAAUCUAUGAAGUUACCAUGUAAUUGAACCUGAAAGCGUCUAAUUAGCAGGAAGACUGACUGUGUUCCAAGCAGCUGUUAACUGUAUCCUAUAAUGUGAAAGGAAAGUGUGAGGAAGCCCAGGAUUCAACCAAAACCUUGUUUCGGAGCAUGAAGGCCCUGUGGAUGUGAACCAUGAUUUCCCUACUAUAACGUGAAAAGGACGUGUUUCUGAUGGCGGGUCUGUUAAAUGUCAUAGAUCUUCAAGCGUCUCUCUUCAUGCUGAUGGCGGGAGGACAGUCGCCUGGGUCUCCUCCAGCCGGCGACGCCGGGCCGUCCCUGUUCAAACACUACUCUGAAAUGCUUCUGUUGCUGCAGGGUGUGAGCGCUUGGUGACGAUGCAGCAGAUUCUGCUGCUGUGAAACCUUUUCCGAUGGAUUGUAUGAUCAUGUAACCAAAGAGCCUUCCUGUCGUCUCUGGAUGAGCCGCGCCCCGCUCUCUGACCGUCGACUGAACCUUCGCGUCUCUGAGCUCCAGUCACUCAAACACCACUGGGAUGUAUGGAAGCGAGAAAGAGGAAAUCUUCUAAUUGAUGUUCUGGACAGCAGCAGUGGUUUCUGAUUUGAAUUUCAAAAGAAAAAAGUUAUUCCUGCCUUUUUCUCACUAAUGUCCCUGAAAUGUCGAUUGUGUUUUGUUUUUAUUUUAAUUCUCAGAUCCCGAGGGACGGAACCAAUGUUAAUUUACCUUUAUAUGAGGAAUGACUCUUUCAAUCCAGCACAUUUAGACAUUAACAGUCACGCCCCUGAAGAACUCCUCAGUCUUUUUUGUGGUUUGAGUUAUCUGUUUUCAUCUUGUUGAAUGUAUUUCCAGAUAAACUCCAGAUUUCUCCCUCAUAAUCAGCGACCACACAGGACUUCUUGGUACUACAAAGAGCUCUUUUCUUUUCUCCCAUCUGCCUGCAGUGUCUCACAGGAGUGUUUGGGCUUUUCUGCUCAACUUGAAAGGAAGAGAAAAGGCCUUUUAAGACCAAACCUGAGACACUUUGCAUUCACUUAGACAUUUUCGUCAUGAUGGGGGAAUUUUGAGGGACUGUUACUAAUUACAUUCACGUGCUCCUCUGUUCAACAUGUAUUUAUUUCUAUCCUGAUGGCUUUGUCUGUAUGUAUGUUUGUUUGUGUGUGUCUGUGUGUGUUUGUGUGUUUGCACAUGCACAUUAUAGGGGGGUCUGUUCUCUAUACUCUGUCUUAUGUCAGUUAUUUGCAUGAUUUCAAUUUUGUAAGCACAUUUUUGUAAAGUCUUCAGUGUUAAGACUUGUGUAUAUAUGUGUUUUUACUUGUUUUCAGAUGUGCAUUAAAAUUAAUGAUUGAAUAAA